UCCGGAAUGUCUGGAAUUAGUGAGUUCAGCUUGGGCAGUUCUCUAUCACAACAAGUUCGGGAUUUUUGCCGGACACGACGAGGCGAGGAGGUUGCAGUUCUUUUGACUGCAUUUCGAGCUGCACAGUUCCGUUUCAUGGAGGCGCCGGACGCCGUCGUUGGACUGUCAUUUGCAAGCCUCCACGGCCAUGGGAAAUCAAAUCCAAGCGGGGCAGCGACGAAACACAUUCGCGUGUCUGUGCAGCGUGAGACUUCCUUCUCAGUUCUGCUCGAACAGGUUCUGGAACAGUUCGCUGGAUUAUCUGAAGCCAAAGAUACGCCGCUCGAUGACCUUCCAACCGCAUUGUUCCCGGCUGAAGAUGUACCAAGCGGUUGCAUCGUGAAACUCGGCUUCGCAGCACAUGGCCAGGAGUCCGACAGUGUUCGCGAGGAACAUGCGUUGGCCGGAACGACUACACCACCCAAUGGUACUACUCAGCCCCCUUCAUCCUGGAGGCUCGACCUCCAAUUCCAGAUCUGGAGGUCAGAGGAGCAAUGGUGUGGCUUGGUGGACUAUGAUGCGAAUCUCUUCAGCCAACACUCAAUCGCCGGACUGAUGUCGACAUUUACGGAUAUCCUUCGCGGUGGCCUUGCUCAACCAUACAUCCCUAUCUCUGUGUUGGCUCUCUCUACAGGUCCUGCCUACCUGUACGACGCUCAUUUCACACAUCUGGAUAGCACAGCUGCCAAUUUCACCGAAUCGAUAUACGAUGCAUUCUGGCACCAAGUGGCCAUCAGGCCGAGCGGCAUCGCUGUCAAGGAUGCAAAGCAGGAGCUUACCUUCUCGCAACUGGGCUAUCUCUCGAAACUGGUAUCGAAUUGGCUGCUACAAAAACACUACACUGCUGAGACCAUUGUCGGCGUGCUGGCACCCCGUUGUGUGGACUCCUUGAUCAUGUACAUUGGCAUCCUCGGAGCCAACCAUGCAUAUCUACCUCUGGACAUCAAGUCUCCCGCAGAUCGAUUGUCAUCUAUACUUGCUUCUGUAGGAACUAAGCCGCUCGUUCUGUUUAGCACUGAGCUGCAACCACUCGCUGCUGGCUUGACAGAUGCUGAAUGCGUACCCCUUUCCCAGGUCCUGGACGAAGGCCGCCGCCUGACUACUGCCGAGCAUGUACUACCCACGCAUGCUAACCUCGCGGCAGUAAUAUUUACCUCUGGGUCAUCUGGAACUCCCAAGGGCGUAAUGCUCGAGCAUCGCUCUGUUGUGCGAGUGGCGAGAGAAAAGGCAUACCAGCUUGCUCCGUCGGAAAACCAGGCUGUCGUUGCUCAUCUGCUCAAUCCAGCCUUUGACGCGGCCAUGAUGGAGAUAUACACAGCGCUUCUCAAUGGACACACACUAUAUUGUGUCGAUGAGUCCACACUACUCGAUAGCACAGCUCUUGCGGAAGCUUUUCGUCGUGAAAACGUCGAAAUGGCCGUCUUCACCCCUGCGCUGCUGAAGCAAUGUCUACGUGAAACACCAGAGACGUUUUCAACACUGCAGAUCCUCGUUGUGGGCGGCGAUCGCUUCAAAGCCUCGGACGGACAGGCAGUCAAAGCUCUAGUUCGGGGAGAAGUGUUUAAUGGAUAUGGUCCGACAGAGAAUACAGUCGUCAGUACAUUAUAUCGCGUCUCCAGUACCGAUGAAUCCUGCUCAGAGGACCUGCCAAUAGGAACGUCGGUCGCAGGCUCAGUCGCGUUUGUGAUGGACCUUGAACAGCGGCUUGUUCCCCCAGGAGUGAUUGGAGAACUUGUAGUUGCGGGCAGCGGCCUGGCCAGAGGAUACCUCGAUCCCCAACUCAAUGCCGACCGAUUCGUGGAAAUCACCAUGGACGGAAAAAAUCUGCGUGCCUAUCGAACUGGUGAUCUUGCUCGACUCCACCCCGAGGAUAUGCAGCUGCAGUUCAUGGGGCGAAUCAGUCAGCAUCAGCAAGUCAAGAUUCGAGGCCAUCGGAUUGAACUGGCUGAAAUCGAUAGAACUCUCUUGCGACAUGCUGCUGUCUCUGAAUCCACCACAAUUACUAUCACCAAGGAUGAACUGCAGGGUACGGAACUCGUGAGCUUUGUCACCCAAGCUACGAAGGCAUCUCAGAUACCCUCUUCGGCAAGUGGAACGACCAGUGCUCCUCACGAUGACUCGCGAUUAGUACGUUUUGACGGCAUAUACAGCGAUCUAAAGCAAAAGGUAGAGCCAGCAGCACUCGGCCGGGACUUUGCUGGCUGGACCUCGAUGUACGACGGGUCUGUAAUCCCGACAGACGAAAUGGAGGAAUGGCUCAAUGACACUAUCAGCACUAUCAUCAACAGUGGCCGCAUGGAGACUGUUCUCGAGAUCGGCACUGGGAGCGGCAUGAUCCUAUUCAACCUUGCGAACAAGUUCAAUCUCUACAUUGGGCUCGAUCUAUCACUACCUGCAGUGGAUUUUGUCAAUCAGGCCAUCGAAUCUCUGCCUACCAUGAGAGACGUAGCUCGCGUCCAUCAAGGCUCUGACAGAGACGCUGGCCAAUGGGUGCACCAGUCUCAACCAGAUCUGGUCGUGGUGAACUCUGUGGCACAUUAUUUCCCAUCGGCAGACUACCUUCACACAGUGAUUGAGAAUUGUGUAGAGCAGUUGCACCCGGAGAGGCGUAUGCGACUGUUCUUCGGCGAUAUGCGUUCCUACGCCCAACACCACGAGUUUUUUGUGCGCAAGGUUUUGCAGAAUGGUGUCGGUGAUCAGGCAACCGUUGCCGACGUACAAGAGAGUGCGUUUGAACAGGAGAGCAUUGAGACGGAACUUCUAGUUGACCCAGCCUUCUUCACUGCGCUUGUCAACGACUUUGAUGGCUGUGUGGAGCAUGUGGAGAUCUUGCCUAAGCAGAUGAAAGCAACAAAUGAGCUUAGCUGUUAUCGCUACGCUGCGGUAUUACACAUCAAAGGAAAUAAGGCACCGCCUCUAUGCGUGCAUCAUGUGGACGACGAUCGCUGGCAGGACUUCCAACUAUCUGGCCUCGAUAAGCUCGGUCUGCAGCAGCACUUAUCAACGCUUGCAAAACAUACUUCCCGUGAAGUGGUUUUGGCCUUGUCCAAUAUCCCUCACUCGAAGACGAUUGAGGAAAGACUGAUUGUAGAUGCCUAUGACGCGAGUUAUGAUGCCGAAACGCACAAACUACCUGUAAUGUUGCUAUUAGCAAAAGCUACAAGGCCUUCUUCUCUAUCUGCACUAGAUCUCGUCGAAGUGGCACAAGCAGUCGGUCUCGAGGUUGAGAUUAGCUGGGCUCGGCAGUAUUCCCAGCGAGGCGGGUUCGAUGCUAUAUUCCAUCGAAGAGUACCUUUGGCGAGUGGGGAGCGCGCCCGCCCACUUUUCUCAUUCCCACACGAUGAUCACUACAGAGAAGGUGGCUUGAUUGCCAACACACCUUUCUGUGAAGAGACGCAAACGGCUUUGCGGGACCAAUUAGAGACAUGGGUCCGCACUAAGCUACCGCCCUACAUGACUCCAACGGCAAUUAUCCCACUUGAAAGGAUGCCACUAACUAACAAUGGCAAGCUGGACCAUAGGGCCCUGGCCCAAAUCGGAGUCAAAGAACUCAUGACCGAAGGAACAGGCGAUGUAGGCUCUCUGACUCCCAAAGAGGCCAAGCUGCAAGAGCUCUGGGCUCAGGUCCUUGGGAUCAGUCCCUCUAACAUCUCUGUAAACGAUCACUUUAUGCGCAAAGGGGGCGAUUCUAUCAAGGCAAUGCGACUCAUUGCUGCCGCCAGGCGACAAGGCCUAGUCUUGACAGUAGUGGAUGUCAUGACAUCGCCACGCUUGCGUGACAUGGCCACGGUGGUGUCUGAGCAAGCUGAGACAUGCUCGACGCAAACCAAAAUCAAUGAGACUAUCCAGCCAUUUGAACUUCUAGCAUCCACAGAAGCAGCUGAAGCUCGCAGGCUGGCAGCGAUGCAAUGCCAAGUGCCUGAAGCCAGUAUUGAAGACGUACUACCAUGUACGCCCCUGCAAGCUGGCUUGAUGGCACUGAACAUGGCCACGCCAACCGACUACGUAAUCCGCAUUCUCAAGGACCUUCAUCCUGACGUCGACCUGGACCGAUUUCGCAAUGCGUUUGACGAGCUCGUUCGCAAGCACCCAAUAUUGCGCACACGCAUUAUUGAUCUGCCCCAGGAAGGAUUCGUACAGGUUAUCACGAGCGAAGCCGUCGCCUGGACAUUGUGCGAGGAUGUAGAAGAUUACGUGCAGAGAGACAGAAAGGAACUGAUGGGACUCGAAAAGCCUCUAGUGCGUGUUGCUUUGGUCAAGAAAGAGGCACAGUGCACCUUCAUCUGGACCAUGCAUCACGCAAUCCAUGAUGACUGGUCUGUGAGAAGCCUUCUAGACUCAUUACAGCGAGCGUACCGCGGUACCCAAAUCAUUCCCCCACAUCCUUACCAGGCCUUUGUCAAGGGUCUCAUUGCGCAAAGAAGGUCGCAGGCUGCUCAAAACGCUUGGCUCGCGAAUCUGAAUGGGCACGAAGCGGAUCAGUUCCCUCGACUGCCUUCCCCAGACUACAAGCCUCGAGCGGAUUCCGCGUUCGUCUACAAGAUGGAAAAUCUCUCAUGGGAUGCCAUGGAUGUAACUGCUGCAGUGGCUAUACGUGCAACCUGGGGCAUCAUGGUGUGUUCUCGCGAGAACGUGCAAGACGUCAUCUUUGGUACGACUGUAAACGGGCGGGAUGGUGCUGCAGUGCCCGGCAUUGAGGAGAUGACGGGCCCAACAAUCGCGACGAUACCCACACGAAUGCAGCUGCCAUCGCAAGAUGAAACCCUUGGCGACCUGGCCGUGAGACUGCAAAGAGAAUGGGCGAGCCUGGCGCCGUACGAGCAGGUGGGACUGCAGCAUAUUCGUGAGCUGAGCGAAGAUGCUGCGCGCGCAGUGGCGUUCCAAACACUCCUGGUGGUUCAGCCGGCAGUGAAAAACCGGGCUGCUAGUGACGGCCAAUCUCUCUUUAGAGCUGAAGCGGAUGUCCAUGUUGCGGAUAACGACAUUGGUGCCGUGAGCACGUAUGCCGUGGUUGUGCAGUUCCAGCUUCGGGACCGCAGCCUGGACAUUCGUGUGACGUUUGACUCGCAUGUGGUAUCCAAAGGCCAGGUACGGCGCAUGUUCUCGCAGUACGAGAGUAUCCUUCGCGGACUUUGCACGCAUGAGACUCGCUGCAAGCGCUUAUCGGAGAUUGAGUGGCUGAGCGAGCUGGAUAUGCAUGAUAUCUGGAUGUGGAACGACAAGAUUCCAGUCACGAUUGAAUCGACAGUGCAUGACCUGCUUGCUCCACCAUUUGCCAAACACCCGGAAGCUGAGGCUGUUUGUGCCUGGGACGGAUCCUUCACUUACGGAAUGCUAAAUGAGGAGUCGAGCUGCCUCGCCCACAAGUUACUCAACGGACGAUCGAUUAGCGCAGCUCCUGUCCCGAUACUGUUGAAGAAAAGCAAAUGGGUGUCUGUCGCCAUACUGGCUGUCAUGAAGGCAGGUGGCACUUGCGUGCUCUUGGACGCUACACUACCUGCCGUUCGACUCCAAGACAUAAUUGAUCAGCUUUGUCCAAAACUCAUGCUGGUAUCCGAAGAGGAGCAGGCGCUAGCGUCGACCAUAUUCAGCGGCGAGUCCGUUGUUAUUGGUUCGACACAAGAGAUGGAGUGCUCUCCGCUCCUACCGGAAACAAUGCUACCAGUUGUUUCUCCAGAGACCCCGUUGUAUAUUAUUUUCACCUCGGGAUCUACAGGAAAGCCAAAGGGCUGCGUCAUCUCACAUCGCAGUUUCAGCAGCGCCAUUGUUCAUGAAUAUCCGCGUAGGAGCAUUUCAUCUCAAUCAAGAGUGUUUGAUUUCAGCUCCUCGGCAUUCGACGGGGCAUGGUACAAUCUGCUGCAUACGCUCUAUGCAGGCGGCACCAUCUGUGUGCCGUCAGAAAGCGAUCGCAAAGAUGACCUAAAGGGCAGCAUCCUUCGUCUCCGCGCUACUACUGCCGCUAUUACUCCCACAGUCGCUGACACGCUCGAUGCCGAAACGCUCGAGUCGUUGGAUUCGUUGGAAAUCGGCGGUGAAGCCAUGGACCUCGAGGUGAUGCGGAGAAUCCAAAGUCACACUCACGUGCGAUACAUCUACGGCCCUUCGGAAUGCACACCUAUUUGCAGUAUGACCGAACUGGAUGGUCAUCCCACAAGCCUGGGUCGCGGGACCGGGGUGUUGACAUGGCUGGUGGACCCACAGCAGUCCGACCGUCUAGCUAGCAUCGGCAGUGUCGCAGAAUUGUGGCUUGAAGGGCCGCUGGUCGGGUCUGGUUACUACAAUGAUCCCGCACGAACCAAUGCAACGUUUGUGGUGAACCCUCCCUGGAUGACUCGGAAUCGUCCAGGUCAACUCGGCCGAACAGGGCGAGCAUAUCGUACGGGAGAUCUCGUACGAUAUCAAGACGAUGGCUCCCUGGAAUUCAUCGGGCGGGCUACCACGCAGCAGGUCAAGAUCAGAGGCCAGCGGGUCGAACUGGGCGAUGUCCAGCACCACGUUCGUCAGAUUCUCAGGAAAAAGGACCCAGAUGUGCAGGUCAUUGCAGACGUAGCAGGAGAAAAGAGAAAGAUACUGGUCGCCUUUGUUUGGUCACCGGUAAAGGCCUGGACUGAUGCCUCAUUCGAGUCACGGAUCCAGAUUUUAAAGCAAACAGCUGGAAACAUCAAACGCGAGCUGGCUGGAGUGAUACCAUCGUACAUGGUUCCUGUGCUCUUUGUGCCAGUAGCAGAGAUACCAAAGACUGUGUCUGGUAAAAUGGACAGACGAAAGCUGCAGGUCGUGUUACUCGAUUUGGACAUGAAGCAGCGAGAUGCCUGCUUGCUGGACUCGCGCGAGAGCACUUCUUCACCCGCAAGGCCAAUGACUUCUCCGGAAAAGCAGCUUGCAUCACUUUGGGCUGCAGCACUGAACAUUCCAGAAGAUGACAUUGGCAUCGACGACAACUUCUUCAACCGGGGAGGCGACUCGAUAUCCGCAAUGAGGCUGGUCAAUGCCGCCCGCAAACACCAAGUCGUUAUAAGUGUAAAGGAUAUCUGGGAUCACCCACAGCUCAAAGAUCUCGCGGUACACAUGACUCAAAAUCAGGUUGAGGCCAAGGCUCCCUCUGAUAUUGCAACGGGUGCGGCCCCGGUCAAUAGGUCGCCAGCGUCCGGCCCAUUGCCCGUGACCUAUUUUCAGGGGCUUUCCCUGACCGGCCUUCUAGGCGGGUAUUCCGCCCACGUCUAUCACAUUCUCAUCGACAUACCAGCCGAGACGAAGACUGAACAAGUCCGAGCAAGCUGUCUGAAGCUCUUCCAGCACUUUGAUAUUCUCCGUGCGAGAUUUGCAUGUACUUUGCAAAGAACGUGGCAGUAUCUCGACGCAGAAGACUCUCCACUGCCCUGGGAAGUUGUGGAAGCCGACAGCAAUAAAGGCUUAGAAAGCGCAACAAAGCAGGUCUGCAGUAAAAACUCAGGUGCCCCCCAGACCCAAUACCCGGAUGCUCGAUCCUACUUGACACGCUUUGUCUUUGUGCAAGCGUCCCAGCACGAUGCAUCGUCACGGCUCAUUCUGAGACUGAGCCACGCACAGUACGACGGCAUUAGUCUGCCGCGUAUGCUCGCUGCUCUUGCAGAUUACCUCCGAGACGGGACUUCGCUGGUGCCCGCGCCGAGAUAUGCAGACUACAUUCAGCACGUGUUUUCGCAGAAUCCAGCAGCCGCUUACGAGUACUGGCGUGGCCUCCUGGAGGGUGCAGACUCACCUACUGUACUCCCCGCGUGCCACAGGCAAGACGCAAACGACGUGCAGUUGCUCCAAGUGAGCCGGAUUAUCCAAGAACCAUCACCACACGGCAAUGAGAUUGCUCAACAACAGACGCCUGCCGUCCGCUUCAUGGCAGCAUGUGCCGCUAUGCUUUCCCAAGCCACCAGCCGUCAAGACGUUGUCUUCGGCUGCAUAGUAUCCGGACGAACCUCUCUGCCGGCCGCGCUGCGUGAAGUCUGCGGCCCAUGCCUCAACGAGAUAGCGCUACGCGUGGCCUUUCCUCACUCCUCUUCCUCCUCCCCGCUCCCGCAAGCAGCCUACUCGCAAAUCCGAAACCAGCUGCUUGACUCCGCGGCCUACGACACGGUCGGCUUCGAUGAGAUUGCCGCGCAUUGUACCUCUUGGGCACCCGACACCGACGACUUCGGCCUCACGGCACAUUAUCAGAAUACGGGUUCGGAGCACGACACUGCCCGUCUGCCGUAUACGUGGUAUGAGGCGGAUAGAGCUAAAGACGGGCUUCCGGUGCCCAAGUCAGAUUACGUGGAGGUGGAGGGGACGCCUUUAGCUGACGGACGCGUCAGCGUAUGCGUCAUGGGCAAGUCGUCGUUGUAUACGCUUGACUUUCUCCAGCACUUGCUCGAUAUGGUUUGUGAU